GUUGUUUGGUUCCGUUAGCGGACAAACAAAGGCUACUGCUCUUAAUGACAGCCUCGCUAUGCCAUGGCCUUUCUGCUUUUCGGCCUGCUUCUGCAGCCAGGGACACUGGAGCGAAAUGGCAUGCGACCCGUCACCAUCAGAUCCAAAAAGAAACACGGCAGAAGAAGCAGUUGAAGCUCAAAAGACUCGUGGCGACAAUUCGCCCCAGCAGUGCAGUUCCGCCACGUGCCAAGCGUACAGUGAAUGUGGAGGGCUGGGCAGACUUUCCAGGACUACCUGUAGGACCAGCUUUGGUUGACCGCGAGGUCAGCUUUAGAACCCAGCCUUCUAUGAGGCAAGUGCGCGAACAACUGCUGGAUUGCUGGCAAAGAUCCAGCUGCUUGCAGGAGACCGUGGACGUGGCAUUUCUUGAUGAAUUCACGCGAGCAUUUUGUAGGACUGUCAGAAAGUGAUAUCCCGCGACUUUGCCUUCCUCUGUCUGUGCCUCCAACCAACAGACGAGAGUUGGAUACAGAUCUUCUCAGAAGCCACUGUGGAUAUGUGUUCUUUUUUAACCGUCCGCUCAGGAGUCAAGCUCACAGGUCACUGAGUAUCACCCCAUGGAGGUCAAGAAGACCGACUGCCAGUUUUCAAGGUUUGCCAAGAUGUUUGAUCCAAACAAGCUGCCCAAAGACUUCAGAAGGCAGCUCUACCAUGGACAGUACAGGCUUCCAAGAGGAGGAGGAGGAGGAGGAGGUAAUUUGGGCCUUCAGGUCUGCCACGAACUGGAUAUUGCAUACUUUGAGGAUGUGCAGUUUUGGGAAUCGGAUGUGCCUCAAACACCUCCCAAUACGCCAGUUCAUGCAUGCGCCCCUGACAACAGCGAUGCCAAGCGCGACCGGCUAUCUAAGACUCCUACCUUGCCAUGUUCCAGGAACCAACGAAAUCCAAGUCUGACCUCAGAGGCUGAGUCUGAACUUCAACCCCAACCAUUUCAAAGGCAAACUACUCACACAACGGACAACGAGAUGCCAGUUGUUGAAACCGAGAGGGCAGAUGCUUGCGAAGAAUCCAGUAGCUCUGCAUGCCCUGAGCUUCCUGAACCUGAUUUUAGCAUGGCACCGCUUGCUGAUGACGAGAUUGUGUACAAUGACACCACGGUCGAACAUGAAAAGCGCCUUUCGAUGCUAUCACCUCACAUCGAUGUUCAGCCUCGAGCACAUUGGCUGGAAGUGCAGGAGAGGAGGGUUGGCCAGCAGAUACGCCGCAAUCAGGUUUCCUACGAUGAGACACCACGCCCCAGACAAGCUGGUGGUUUGGUCACUCGGAACUGGCUCAGCCGAAAGGUCAGAGCUGCAGGCCGUGGGCCGUGUGUUUUGACUCCGGAGCUCAGACGUGUUUCGAAUGAAGCCGAUGAGAUGUGACUGGAAGCCUGAGCACAGGGUCGAGCAAUUGUUUAAGAUGGCAUGGCCUGACGGGCUGGGCGGCUGUACAUUGAUGCUGCAAGUGGCGAGGGUUAGCCUCUCUCAAGAGAACACGGCGCUUGGUUCUAGCUGAAAAGCUAAAAAA